UCGACCUUUCACUCUUACUUUGAAAAAAACAUCAUGUCUGCCGCUCCUGUAAAGAUCGCCAUCAUCGGUACCGGUAUUUUUGCAUAUCGCCACUUGAAGGCAUUCCGUGCUAUCGGAAACAAGUAUGAAAUCGUUGCUUGCUGCAACCGUUCUCGCGAGAAGGCCGAGAAGUUCGCAAAGGAGGUUGGCAUUCCGGAUAGUGCAGUAUACACUGAUCCAAAGGAUAUCCUCGAAAACCCUGAUAUCGAAGCCGUCGACGUUCUUUUGCCAGUCCAGUACAACUUGGAGUUUGUAAAGGCCGCUAUUGCAGCAGGCAAGCACAUCAUCUUUGAAAAGCCCAUUGCACACAACAUCCAAGACGCUCGUGAGAUAGUCAAGCUCUCCAAGGGCUCUAAAUCCAUCGUCAUGGUGGCUGAAAACUUUGCCUUCAUGAAUACCAUGAACUAUGUUGCUCAAUUUGUUAAGGACGGUGGCAUUGGCGACGUUCUCAACUUCAACUUCAGCGCAAUCCGAGCCUAUAACCCUGACUCCCCAUACUACCAAACCACUUGGAGACAGACACCUGAGCACCCUGGAGGUUACCUCAGCGAUGGCGGUGUCCACAACAUGGCUCACAUUGUAGCAGUGCUGGGAGAGAUCCAUUCAGUGAGCUCCUUUGCUUCCAAGACAUAUCCCAUCCAUGGCGCUGAAGACACACUUGCCACAGCUGUUAAGCUGAAGAGUGGAGCUGUCGGUGUUAUCAACUUUACUUUUUGUGCUACCAAGGUUGGUCGUGUUUCUUUUGAGAUCAUUGGAUCCAAGGGAAGUUUGCGAAUCAUCGAUGAACGAUCAGUUGAGUACAUUAACGAAAACGGUGAGAUCACAAGCCCAGAAGACUUUGCUGCCAAGGUCAAGGCGUCUCCCUUCGAUAGCGAAUUCGAGGAUGUUGAAGGUGAACUUGAUAACUUCUACAACGUCAUUCGUAAUGGCAAGACUCUCGGCGUUACUCCCAGCCAGGCCUAUCAGCAUUUCGCGUUCUUUGCCUGUGCCAUUGAAUCUGCUCAGACCGGCAAAACCGUUGACAUUCCAUCCUUUUAAAAUAGCUGUGCACCCACGAUA